UUUGUAAAUGGUAACAUUUGGAGUUAUUUGUUUGUCUCUGACAGUCACUGUAAAGAAUGUUUCUUUUCAAUUUCAAAAAGUCAAGCGCAAUAAUAGUACCUAUAUUGAGACGUUGUUUUGAUCAAGAAAUAUAUUUAAUGAAAGUAUAUUCUUAAAAUCUCCAGAUCCAGUAGUAAGAAAGAUGGGUAGUUCAUUUUCAAGAUCUUAUUCUCCAAAUAGUAAUAGGUGUAGCGACAAUACUGAAAGACGAGGAACUAUUUCCCGCGUCGACUCUACUGUGGAAUAUGUAGAAUCAGUUGUCUGCAACGAAAAUGACCUUAAAGAGAAUGAAAUGAAAGUAUUCGAUAUCGGCGACGAAGGCAAAGUGUUGCUUGUCAAACAGAAAGGUGAAAUAAAUGCUUUGGGCACCAAGUGCACCCAUUACGGCGCCCCACUUACUUCCGGCGCCUUAAGUGAUGGAAGGAUUAGGUGUCCGUGGCACGGCGCUUGUUUUAACAUCAAGACGGGAGACAUCGAAGAUUUCCCUGGCUUUGAUUCACUGCCUUGUUAUCAAGUGACAGUUUCUGAAAAAGGACAAGUAAAGGUAAAAGCCAAAAUCAGCGACUUAAAAUCUAAUAAACGUAUCAAAGAUAUGGGUUCAGUGUCCCCUUGCGAUGGCUCUGUAGUAGUAAUCGUGGGCGGUGGACCAUCUGGAGCCACCUGUGCCGAAACACUGCGUAGUGAGGGCUUCAAAGGCCGUAUUACAGUUGUUGCCAAGGAAAAUUAUUUGCCUUACGACAGAAUCAAGGUAUCCAAAAUAGGCACUGUCACAGAAAUCGAAAAACUACAAGUCAGAACCCAAGAUUAUUAUCAAGAUGCUAACAUUGAAAUUUUGAAAGGUGUCGAAGCCACCAAUGUAGAUUCAGAAGAAAGGUUGGUCUAUCUAAACGACGGCUCCAAACUUCGCUACAGCGCCUUGUACUUAGCGACAGGGAGUAAACCUCGCGUGCCUGAUGUACCAGGAAUUAAUAUGAAAAAUAUUUUCACUGUGAGAAACUUUGAAGAUUCCAUGAAUAUUUUGGGGACAUUGGGUUCGGAAAAAGAUAAAGACGUUGUAGUUCUUGGUCUAAGUUUCAUCGGCUUGGAGACUGCGGCCUCUUGCUGUCCAAAAGCGAAGUCUAUGACGGUAGUCGGAAAGGACGCCGCUCCGCUUGGACAGGUAUUUGGCCUAGAAAUAGGUCGCAGCCUUCAAAAGUUGUUUGAAGAGAAAGAUGUAAAGUUUCAUUUUGGCACUACAAUAAUAAAAUGCAACGGUGAGAACGGAGCGAUAAAAUCGGUUGAAUUAGAUAAUGGAACUACAUUACCAGCGGAUAUGCUUAUUUUGGGCGUGGGAAGUACAUUCCACACCGAUUUCCUCAAAAAUAGUGGUAUCAAACUGGAAACCAACGGUGCGGUCAGCGUCAAUGAUAAAUUAGAAACGAAUAUUAAAAACGUAUAUGCCGGAGGUGAUAUAGCAUAUGCGCCGGUUUAUGCUCAUGGAAACAAACAAAUGAGUAUUGGACAUAUAGGACUCGCUCAGUACCACGGUAGAGUCGCUGCUUUGAAUAUAUUGAAGAAGGAGAUUCCCUUGAAAACGGUACCAUACUUCUGGACGAUGCUGUUUGGGAAAUCCAUACGUUACGCCGGAUGUGGCAAAUCUUCUAAUAUUCAAAUAGAAGGAGAUAUAAAUGAAUUGAAAUUUGUUAUAUUCUUUUUUGAUGAGUCCGACAAAGUAAUUGCAGUAGCAUCUUGUAUGAGGGACCCUAUUGUUUCUCAAUUUGCAGAGUUUCUCUAUCAAGGCAAAUCUCUUCACAAAAAAGAUUUAAAAGACGAUCCUUUCGCAUGGACCAAAUCAAUAGUUCCAUGAAUCCACUAAACUUGAACAUCAAUAAUUUAUUAUCACUUAUUUUUAUUAUUAUAAUUUAAUAAGUUAAAUUGCAAGUAAUCAUUUUAUGUUAAUAUUACAAUGUGAUAGCUGUUUAUUAAUAUCAUUAGGAAAUGGGAAGGAUAACGGCAUCUGACAUAUACAAAUUUGACAGGCAGACUUCAGUUUUAGCAUAAUUUGUAUGAGAUUAUAGUGAAAAUAAACACUUUCAAUUAAAAGCAAAUAACGCAAAUUGGUCCAGAAAUCUCCGAAAAAUUACUGUACGAUAUGCAUCAAUAAAACUAUACGUGUCGAACAUAAUUAUAACAACCACCUUUUUUUAUACCUUAAUUUAACCAAGUACAUAAAAACAGGUAGUAAUUAAUAAAAGCGUGGACAAUAUAGGUAGGUAUAAGAGCAUAAAAUUAAAAAAUAUUUUUCCCAUAAAGUACACUAAAAAUCAAUAAAAAGUAACAUUAUUAUAAUUUUACUAAUAACUAAUAAGAAAUAUUAUAAAUAUUUUAAAGAUAAACCAGAAAUCUCGGCUUAACGAAUCUCGAUUUCAACGAAAAAUCGCGUUUAAAACUAUGAGAUCAUAAAAAAAAUGGGAUAUCCUACGGGAGCACCUAUUUCAAACCAUUUAGACGAUAUUGUAUGCGAACAUAUUUUGCUGCGCAGUCAAACAACAAAAUAAUGUUAUGUGUAUGAUCUUUGAAAUGCUGGAAGCAUUGGAAUUGUGAAUAAAAGUAAUUUCCUUAAAUACAUAAUUUAAGUAAAGUAGGAUAUCCAUAUGUAAAUUCAGCAAAGCAGACCAAUAAUUAAAAUGCUUGUUUUUAAUUUGUUAGUUUUUUGAAGCUCAAAUAUUCAGGAUUUUAACGAAAUAAGAGCUUAUCUACUAAAACAAAUUUAAAGUAGUGCUAUCUAUGUAUGCUUCAAAGUUCCUCUGUUAUUGUGAUUGUUAAGUAAUUAAUGUUUCGCUUAUACCUACUAGGUAUUCUAAAAAGUUCAACAUUAUACAUUUGCUUUUAUUUUUUAUAAUUUACUACUUAUUAAUGUUCUUUGUUAAAAAGUAAGAGACAUAGAUAUUAUUGGGCAUUUAAAGUAUGUUGUUUUAAAGUGAUAUUUUCUUGAUAUAUGAUUGAGAUUUGAAAAAAUCUAGACGCAAUACAAUUUAUAACGUAAGUACACAUAAGGAUUUGACCACUAUUACUGGAAUACAAAUACAUAUAUAGAUUAUAUAGAAGUGUAAUAAUAUAGGGUAAUUUAUUGUUCAUAAAUAAUUAUAACAAUAUAUUAUGUUGUUAAUACGUUAUGCGAAGUCAUAUUUGACACUGCACCUUUUUUUGAGGGACUAGGCCUCCCCCAGGAAAAUAUUGAUUUUUUUUUACAUAUUAAUUAUAUCCAGUGCCAGCUAUAAGAACAGAGUAAUGGUGGUCCGACAGCGUCCAAGGGCAAUCCCUACCAAACAGACUUCAAAUAUCAAAACAGUUUGUUAUUGUUCAAGUAAGUAGUGUGAGCAAAAUUAAGAUACUGUUGUGUUUUUCUUGUUCUGUUAUGUAUUAUAAAUAAAGAAAUGUAUGUCAGCUUGGAA